AUGAAGAAAGAAAAAUUCAUGAAGCAACAUAAAAAUUGGAUCCACACAAAAGAACAGCAGACCUGGCACAAAGUGUAUCGGUCUCAAUCGAAAGGUCACUUUGAGGAUAGGGAAUAUUUAACUGUUGAUCCUAAAACCUAUGCAAAGGAAACCAAGUUAACCUACUUGUCAGCACUUUUUGCAGUGAACGGUCGCAGCUCUUUGGUACUAGGCAAUGCAAUGCACGAAAAACCAGCACUACUAUCGUCCAGCGGGCCAAAGAUGCCUGGGCAGGCAGCGACAAGAAGAGAUGCGAGGAUGGUGAGUAAGUGUCUGUGGUAUUGAAGACACGCCAGUUUUGAAAGAUGUUGAAGAAAUAUAUAUGAUUGCCGCAGCUUUUGGUUAACCGUUUUGUGAUGAAAGGGGCUGACUACAAAUUAGAACUUAUUUGGAGGAUUACGAUUACACACUAAACAGUACGAGAAUGUUCUCGAAAUCUCAUAAAGGUUUGCUCCCGUUUUGUUCUGCCCUACUUGACCGAAAAUGGAGUCUUGUCUUCAGAAAGCAGAAUGAGAGUUGCACGAGGUACAAGUGUUUGAACAAUUUAGAAAAUCU